AUGCUCGGACGCCGCAAAUCCAUCAUUACGGGAGCUAUUAUCAUGGCCAUCGGUGCUAUCAUCCAGGUCACCAGCUUCGUUGGUCAUCAGCCAUACGCUCAGUUCAUUAUUGGUCGAAUCAUAACCGGAGUUGGAAAUGGAAUUAACACCUCCACCAUUCCAACAUAUCAGGCAGAAUGUUCUCAUACUUCAAACCGAGGCCUCCUGAUCUGUAUUGAAGGAGCAACGAUCGCAUUUGGUACUUUGAUUGCCUACUGGAUUGAUUAUGGAGCUUCCUAUGGCGCCGAUAGCUUCUCCUGGAGGUUCCCUAUCGCUUUCCAGAUUGCAUUUUCAAUCGUCAUGGUCACGGGUAUGAUUUGGCUCCCUGAGUCCCCACGAUGGCUGUGUAUGAGAGACCGCUCAGACGAGGGUGAAAAGGUCAUAGCUGCUCUCCACGGUGUCCCAAUUACCGAUCCCCUGGUCCAGGCUGAAAAGAACGCGGUUAUGGAAUCUAUCCGAGCUUCUGGUGAAGUUGGAAAGCCUACCCCGUUAUCCGUUGUUUUCACUGGUGGAAAGACUCAGCACCGUCGCCGUAUGUUCCUGGGUGUCUUCGGCCAGUUUGCCCAGCAGCUAUCUGGGUGCAACGCUAUUAUCUAUUUCUUCCCAGUUCUCUUCGAGAAGUCCAUUGGUGUGGAUCAUAACAUGGCAACUUUGCUUGGUGGUGUCAACAUGAUCGUGUAUUCCAUCUUCGCCACGACAUCUUGGUUCUUGAUCGAGCGAGCUGGACGUCGCAAGCUCUUCCUGUACGGAGCGGCCGGCCAAGCCAUCUCCAUGACGAUCACUUUCGCAUGUUUGAUCCCGAAUACUCCUGCUACCGCUAAGGGUGCUGCCGUCGGUCUGUUCACAUACAUCGCCAGUUUCGGCGCCACCUGGCUCCCACUGCCAUGGCUGUACGCUGCAGAGAUCUCUCCUAUUAAGACCCGUGCAAAGGCCAACGCCCUUUCGACCUGCUCCAACUGGUUGUUCAACUUCUUCAUUGUCAUGAUCACUCCCGUUAUGCUCGCAGGUAUUGGCUGGGGAACCUAUCUCUUCUUCGCCAUCAUUAACAUCUGCUUCCUUCCAAUAAUUUACUUUUUCUAUCCCGAAACCGCCAAACGAAGUCUUGAGGAGAUUGAUAUCAUCUUCGCGAAAGGAUAUUGCGAGAACAAGAGCUAUGUCCAGGCCGCUAGGGAACUUCCAUACCUUACCGAGGAGGAGAUCAGCCGAAUGGAUGCUGAGUACGGCCAUGGAAAGGCCUCUGAGACCGCAUCUCCAGUCAACGAGAAGGAGAGUGAUUUUGAACAGUAA